AUGGAACAGACUCCUGAAAAUGCUGAAGGCUUCAGAUCAUCAAAACAAGAUGAGACCAGCAUCACUCUGCAGUGGAAUAAAGUCAACAACAACACCAGCUUUGUUCUCCAGUUUAACGACACAGAGACAUUAAUCAGUUCACCAGAUGGAGAUGGACCAGUGAACCAUACAGUCUCAUCUCUCACUGCUGGAACUAGAUAUACAUUCAUACUCUACCAUGUGUUUAUGAAUGUUAGAAGCAGUGCUGUAAACAUCACCGUUGCUACUGCUCCUUUAAAUGCUGAAGGCUUCAGACCAUCAUCACAAGAUGAGACCAGCAUCACUCUGCAGUGGAAUAAAGUCAACAACAACACCAGCUUUUUCCUCCAGUUUAACGGCACAGAAACAUUCAUCAGUUCACCAGAUGGAGAUGGACCAGUAACUCACACAGUCUCAUCUCUCACUGCUGGAACUAAAUAUACAUUUACUCUCUUCUCUGUGUUUGAGAACGUCAGAAGCAGUGGAGUUCAGCUCCCAGCUGUUACUGCUCCUGAAAAUGCAGAAGGUUUCAGACCAUCAUCACAAGAUGAGACCAGCAUCACUCUGCAGUGGAAUAAAGUCAACAACAACACCAGCUUUGUUCUCCAGUUUAACGGCACAGAAACAUUCAUCAGUUCACCAGAUGGAGAUGGACCAGUAACUCACACAGUCUCAUCUCUCAUUGCUGGAACUAGAUACACAUUCACUCUCUUCUCUGUGUUUGAGAACGUCAGAAGUAGUGGAGUUCAGCUCCCAGCUGUUACUGCCCCUCAAAAUGCAGAAGGCUUCAGAUCGUUGAGACAGGAUGAGACCAGUAUCACACUACAGUGGGAUCCAGUCAAUAACAAUGUCAGCUUCAACCUCCGAUAUAAUGGAACAGAGUUGAAUGUAGCGGCACCAACUGGAAAUGGACCACUAGCUCUGACAGUCCCAUCUCUCACUGCUGGAUCUAGAUACACAUUCACUCUUUUCUCUGUGUUUGAGAACAUCAGAAGCAGUGGAGUCAGCAUUGCUGCAGUGACUGCUCCUGAAAAUGCUGAAGGCUUCAGGGCAUCAAAACAAGAUGAGACCAGCAUCACUCUGCAGUGGAAUAAAGUCAACAACAACACCAGCUUUGUUCUCCAGUUUAACGACACAGAGACAAACAUCAGUUCACCAGAUGGAGAUGGACCAGUGAAUUAUACAGUCUCAUCUCUCACUGCUGGAACUAGAUAUACAUUCAUACUCUACCAUGUGUUUAUGAAUGUUAGAAGCAGUGCUGUAAACAUCACCGUUGCUACUGCUCCUUUAAAUGCUGAAGGCUUCAGACCAUCAUCACAAGAUGAGACCAGCAUCACUCUGCAGUGGAAUAAAGUCAACAACAACACCAGCUUUUUCCUCCAGUUUAACGGCACAGAAACAUUCAUCAGUUCACCAGCUGGAGAUGGACCAGUAACUCACACAGUCUCAUCUCUCAAUGCUGGAACUAAAUAUACAUUCACUCUCUUCUCUGUGUUUGAGAACGUCAGAAGCAGUGGAGUUCAGCUCCCAGUUGUUACUGCUCCGGAAAAUGCAGAAGGCUUCAGACCAUCAGAACAAGAUGAGACCAGCAUCACUCUGCAGUGGAAUAAAGUCAACAACAACACCAGCUUUGUUCUCCAGUUUAACGGAACAGAAACAUUUAUCAGUUCACCAGAUGGAGAUGGACAAGCAACUCACACAGUCUCAUCUCUCAAUGCUGGAACUAGAUACACAUUUACUCUCUUCUCUGUGUUUGAGAACGUCAGAAGUAGUGGAGUUCAGCUCCCAGCUGUUACUGCCCCUCAAAAUGCAGAAGGCUUCAGAUCGUUGAGACAGGAUGAGACCAGUAUCACUCUACAGUGGGAUCCAGUCAAUAACAAUGUCAGCUUCAUCCUCCGAUAUAAUGGAACAGAGUUGAAUGUAGCGGCACCAACUGGAAAUGGACCACUAGCUCUGACAGUCCCAUCUCUCACUGCUGGAUCUAGAUACACAUUCACUCUCUUCUCUGUGUUUGAGAACAUCAGAAGCAGUGGAGUCAGCAUUGCUGCAGUGACUGCUCCUGAAAAUGCUGAAGGCUUCAGAGCAUCAAAACAAGAUGAGACCAGCAUCACUCUGCAGUGGAAUAAAGUCAACAACAACACCAGCUUUGUUCUCCAGUUUAACGACACAGAGACAUUCAUCAGUUCACCAGAUGGAGAUGGACCAGUGAACCAUACAGUCUCAUCUCUCACUGCUGGAACUAAAUAUACAUUCAUACUCUACCAUGUGUUUAUGAAUGUUAGAAGCAGUGCUGUAAACAUCACCGUUGCUACUGCUCCUUUAAAUGCUGAAGGUUUCAGACCAUCAUCACAAGAUGAGACCAGCAUCACUCUGCAGUGGAAUAAAGUCAACAACAACACCAGCUUUUUCCUCCAGUUUAACGGCACAGAAACAUUCAUCAGUUCACCAGAUGGAGAUGGACCAGUAACUCACACAGUCUCAUCUCUCACUGCUGGAACUAGAUACACAUUUACUCUCUUCUCUGUGUUUGAGAACAUCAGAAGUAGUGGAGUUCAGCUCCCAGCUGUUACUGCCCCUCAAAAUGCAGAAGGCUUCAGAUCAUUGAGACAGGAUGAGACCAGUAUCACUCUACAGUGGGAUCCAGUCAAUAACAAUGUCAGCUUCAUCUUCCGAUAUAAUGGAACAGAGUUGAAUGUAGCGGCACCAACUGGAAAUGGACCAGUAACUCUGACAGUCUCAUCUCUCACUGCUGGAUCUAGAUACACAUUCACUCUUUUCUCUGUGUUUGAGAACAUCAGAAGCAGUGGAGUCAGCAUUGCUGCAGUGACUGCUCCUGAAAAUGCUGAAGGCUUCAGGGCAUCAAAACAAGAUGAGACCAGCAUCACUCUGCAGUGGAAUAAAGUCAACAACAACACCAGCUUUGUUCUCCAGUUUAACGACACAGAGACAUUCAUCAGUUCACCAGAUGGAGAUGGACCAGUGAACCAUACAGUCUCAUCUCUCACUGCUGGAACUAAAUAUACAUUCAUACUCUACCAUGUGUUUAUGAAUGUUAGAAGCAGUGCUGUAAACAUCACCGUUGCUACUGCUCCUUUAAAUGCUGAAGGUUUCAGACCAUCAUCACAAGAUGAGACCAGCAUCACUCUGCAGUGGAAUAAAGUCAACAACAACACCAGCUUUUUCCUCCAGUUUAACGGCACAGAAACAUUCAUCAGUUCACCAGAUGGAGAUGGACCAGUAACUCACACAGUCUCAUCUCUCAUUGCUGGAACUAGAUACACAUUUACUCUCUUCUCUGUGUUUGAGAACGUCAGAAGUAGUGGAGUUCAGCUCCCAGCUGUUACUGCCCCUCAAAAUGCAGAAGGCUUCAGAUCAUUGAGACAGGAUGAGACCAGUAUCACUCUACAGUGGGAUCCAGUCAAUAACAAUGUCAGCUUCAUCCUCCGAUAUAAUGGAACAGAGUUGAAUGUAGCGGCACCAACUGGAAAUGGACCAGUAACUCUGACAGUCCCAUCUCUCACUGCUGGAUCUAGAUACACAUUCACUCUUUUCUCUGUGUUUGAGAACAUCAGAAGCAGUGGAGUCAGCAUUGCUGCAGUGACUGCUCCUGAAAAUGCUGAAGGCUUCAGAUCAUCAAAACAAGAUGAGACCAGCAUCACUCUGCAGUGGAAUAAAGUCAACAACAACGUCAGCUUUGUUCUCCAGUUUAACGACACAGAGACAUUAAUCAGUGAACCAGAUGGAGAUGGACCAGUGAACCAUACAGUCUCAUCUCUCACUGCUGGAACUAAAUAUACAUUCAUACUCUACCAUGUGUUUAUGAAUGUUAGAAGCAGUGCUGUAAACAUCACCGUUGCUACUGCUCCUUUAAAUGCUGAAGGUUUCAGACCAUCAUCACAAGAUGAGACCAGCAUCACUCUGCAGUGGAAUAAAGUCAACAACAACACCAGCUUUUUCCUCCAGUUUAACGGCACAGAAACAUUCAUCAGUUCACCAGAUGGAGAUGGACCAGUAACUCACACAGUCUCAUCUCUCACUGCUGGAACUAGAUACACAUUUACUCUCUUCUCUGUGUUUGAGAACGUCAGAAGUAGUGGAGUUCAGCUCCCAGCUGUUACUGCUCCGGAAAAUGCAGAAGGUUUCAGACCAUCAUCACAAAAUGAGACCAGCAUCACUCUGCAGUGGAAUAAAGUCAACAACAACACCAGCUUUGUCCUCCAGUUUAACGGCACAGAAACAUUCAUCAGUUCACCAGAUGGAGAUGGACCAGUAACUCACACAGUCUCAUCUCUCACUGCUGGAACUAGAUACACAUUUACUCUCUUCUCUGUGUUUGAGAACGUCAGAAGUAGUGGAGUUCAGCUCCCAGCUGUUACUGCCCCUCAAAAUGCAGAAGGCUUCAUAUCGUUGAGACAGGAUGAGACCAGUAUCACUCUACAGUGGGAUCCAGUCAAUAACAUUGUCAGCUUCAUCUUCCGAUAUAAUGGAACAGAGUUGAAUGUAGCGGCACCAACUGGAAAUGGACCAGUAACUCUGACAGUCCCAUCUCUCACUGCUGGAUCUAGAUACACAUUCACUCUUUUCUCUGUGUUUGAGAACAUCAGAAGCAGUGGAGUCAGCAUUGCUGCAGUGACUGCUCCUGAAAAUGCUGAAGGCUUCAGAUCAUCAAAACAAGAUGAGACCAGCAUCACUCUGCAGUGGAAUAAAGUCAACAACAACACCAGCUUUGUUCUCCAGUUUAACGACACAGAGACAAACAUCAGUUCACCAGAUGGAGAUGGACCAGUGAACCAUACAGUCUCAUCUCUCACUGCUGGAACUAGAUAUACAUUCAUACUCUACCAUGUGUUUAUGAAUGUUAGAAGCAGUGCUGUAAACAUCACCGUUGCUACUGCUCCUUUAAAUGCUGAAGGCUUCAGACCAUCAUCACAAGAUGAGACCAGCAUCACUCUGCAGUGGAAUAAAGUCAACAACAACACCAGCUUUUUCCUCCAGUUUAACGGCACAGAAACAUUCAUCAGUUCACCAGAUGGAGAUGGACCAGUAACUCACACAGUCUCAUCUCUCACUGCUGGAACUAAAUAUACAUUUACUCUCUUCUCUGUGUUUGAGAACGUCAGAAGCAGUGGAGUUCAGCUCCCAGCUGUUACUGCCCCUCAAAAUGCAGAAGGCUUCAGAUCGUUGAGACAGGAUGAGACCAGUAUCACUCUACAGUGGGAUCCAGUCAAUAACAAUGUCAGCUUCAACCUCCGAUAUAAUGGAACAGAGUUGAAUGUAGCGGCACCAACUGGAAAUGGACCACUAGCUCUGACAGUCCCAUCUCUCACUGCUGGAUCUAGAUACACAUUCACUCUUUUCUCUGUGUUUGAGAACAUCAGAAGCAGUGGAGUCAGCAUUGCUGCAGUGACUGCUCCUGAAAAUGCUGAAGGCUUCAGGGCAUCAAAACAAGAUGAGACCAGCAUCACUCUGCAGUGGAAUAAAGUCAACAACAACACCAGCUUUGUUCUCCAGUUUAACGACACAGAGACAAACAUCAGUUCACCAGAUGGAGAUGGACCAGUAACUCACACAGUCUCAUCUCUCACUGCUGGAACUAGAUACACAUUUACUCUCUUCUCUGUGUUUGAGAACGUCAGAAGUAGUGGAGUUCAGCUCCCAGCUGUUACUGUUCCUCAAAAUAUAGAAGACUUCACAACAUCAGGACAGAAUGAGACCAGCAUCACUCUGCAGUGGAAUAAAAUCAACAACAAUACCAGCUUUGUUCUCCAGUUUAACGGUUUAGAGAGAUACAUCAGUGCACCAGAUGGAGCUGGACCAGUAACGUACACAGUCUCAUCUCUCACUGCUGGAACUAAAUACACAUUCACUCUCUUCUCUGUGUUUGACAACAUGAGAAGCCGUGGAGUCAGCAUUAUCAUAGUAACUGCUCCUUCAAAUGCAAAAGGCUUCAGACCAUCAGCACAAAAUGAGACCAGUAUCACUCUGCGUUGGAAUAAAGUGAACAUCACCAGCUUUGUUCUCCAGUUUAACGGCACAGAAACAUUCAUCAGAGCACCAGAUGGAGAUGGACCAGUAACUCACACAGUCUCAUCUCUCACUGCUCGUACAAACUACACAUUCACUCUCUUCUCUGUGUUUGAGAACAUCAGUAGCAGUGGAGUCAGCAUUGCUGCAGCUACUGGUCCAAACUAUGUUUUGUCAGUGAACUUGAGGUUAAGACGUCGCAGCACAAUGUCAGAAUCAGAGGUUGAAGAUGCUUUGGUAGAGCUCUUCAGAAAAUAUAAUUUGCCGCCACAGUUUUCAUUAAAAAUUGUUUCUUCAAGACCAUGAAACCACUGGAAGAGUAAAAUGACGGAGAAUUCAUCAUCAACAUUAUUGUGUUUCUUUUCCCUAAUAUAAAAUCUGAACUGGUUUAGAUUAUGUACAAAUUUUGAAAUUGAUGUAGCUUGUCAUUUACAGUUUUUCUCUGGUGGGACAUUUUUAAUUGUUUUUGUUAAUCAAAGCUUCACUUAAGAUCUUGUUGGAUUGUCAUAGGUUAUGUAUAUACAUACGUUUUGUGAUUUUGUUGCCUUUAAAUAAAGUUUUGGGAAAUAUGAA